AUGAACGGGUACUACAGACAGGACAGCCCCUACAGACACGAGAGCCCCUACACCAGGACAUCACCAUAUCGUGUGACGCCAUACAACGGCCACCCGAGGGCUCACAUCCGCGACGUCUGGAACCACAACCUCAUCGACGAGUUCAAGACAAUCAACCGUUUGGUGGCCGACUAUCCGUACGUAUCGCUGGACACGGAGUUCCCGGGGGUGUUGCAGACCCGACCCACGGGUCCCAAUGGGGGCGUCUAUUACGACCAAAAGGAGUUCGACUACCAGACCGUCCGGUGCAACGUGGAUGAGCUGCAGGUGAUCCAAGUGGGCCUCACGCUCAUGGAUGGCUACGGGCGCACGCCCUACGACCGGGUGGGUGUGAGCACCUGGCAGUUCAACUUCCGGUUCAACCUGAAUGUGGACAAACACUCGGCCGACUCCAUACACCUACUGAUGAGCAGUGAACUCAAUUUCCAACGCCUGGCCACCGAAGGCAUCGUAUCCCAAGACUUCGCCGAACAACUCAUGGCCUCGGGUCUGGUGCUGAACGACAAGUGCGAGUGGAUCUCCUUUCACGGCGCCUACGACUUCGGUUAUCUCAUUAAGAUCUUGACGGACGCACCGCUGCCCCCAAUGCUCCGGGCGUUUCACGAGUUGCUCAGGAUUUACUUUCCCGUCAUUUUCGAUGUCAAACUCAUUCUCAACGCAUUUAAUGGACACACAGGAGGUCUGCAAGAGGAGGCCCAGAACCUGGGUCUCAGACGCUUUGGUCGACCCCAUCAGGCGGGAAGUGAUAGUCUACUGACGGGACAGUUAUUCUUCCGAGUGUUAGACGCCUAUCCAUACCAAUCGCAAGACAUCGACAGAUUUGUCGGAAAUAUCUUCAAAUUCAGUGACGCGGGAAGUGAUAGUCUACUGACGGGACAGUUAUUCUUCCGAGUGUUAGACGCCUAUCCAUACCAAUCGCAAGACAUCGACAGAUUUGUCGGAAAUAUCUUCAAAUUCAGUGACGUUUUUAUAUACAAUUAA